GCCUGACCCCACCCAUCAGCAGCUGAGCGUCUGGACCCGGGUGUGUGCGAGAGCCCGGAGGCAGAGUGCGGCGGCGGGAGCAGCAAGGCCGGCUGGUUCGGGGGGACAAUAGAGGCGCUGGGCCUGGCUGCGCUGCGCGAUCGGGGCCGGGAGCAGAGGCAGGAUGCUGGCGCUUUUCACCAAGCUUCUGGACUGGUUCCGGGCUCUCUUCUGGAAGGAGGAGAUGGAGCUCACCCUGGUGGGGCUGCAGUACUCGGGCAAGACCACCUUCGUCAACGUGAUCGCGUCAGGGCAGUUCAAUGAAGAUAUGAUCCCAACGGUGGGUUUCAACAUGAGGAAAAUCACCAAGGGAAAUGUUACUAUAAAGCUCUGGGACAUUGGGGGCCAACCUCGUUUUCGGAGCAUGUGGGAGAGGUACUGCCGUGGAGUCAGCGCCAUAGUAUACAUGGUAGAUGCUGCAGACCAGGAGAAAAUUGAGGCUUCCAAGAAUGAACUUCACAACCUGCUUGAUAAGCCACAGCUCCAGGGCAUCCCUGUCCUAGUUCUUGGGAACAAGCGAGAUCUCCCUGGCGCCCUGGAUGAGAAGGAGCUCAUUGAGAAGAUGAACUUAUCUGCUAUCCAGGACCGAGAGAUUUGUUGCUAUUCAAUCUCUUGCAAAGAAAAGGACAACAUUGAUAUCACCCUACAGUGGCUUAUUCAGCAUUCGAAGUCCCGGCGAAGCUGAGAGCCCUUUAGCCAGGUCUCGGAUCGGGAAGAUGCCAUUGUAAAAGCCCAAGCGCACCUCCUCCCUCCCCUCUCCCCCCGCCCCGGCUCUUUCCAUCCCUCUCACCCGCCCCCUCUCCCUAGAUGGGUAUUUUUAGGGGACCCCAGAUUCCUCUUCUGCUGAGACUGAACUCCUGUUUUUAUUGUAAAGAAACUGUCUGCCCCCCCUCCUCCUCUGGUUUUGGCACUGUUCUGUUGUCGUCAGUGUGUGUACAGUAUAUAUAUAUAUAUGUAUAUAUAUUUUAAUUUUUUAAUUUAAGCAAUUACGCUGUUACUAAACUGGGCCUGUGGGCUGUCUAGGGGGCAGCAGUGAUAUGGAUGGGGGCUGGGAAAGAACCUAACACAGUAUUGGGAGUGUCACAAGCAGCCACAAGAUAAGGGCUGGAGUGGAGCAUGGCUUUUGCUGGUUCCUGUCUUCCUCUACUUCCUCCUUGAGCACCCUCUGCUCCCUCUCUGUGGUGGAAUCCAACACCCUCGGCUGGUUUUGCUUGUGACUUUGCCUCCCCAAGCUGCUCAGUGCUAUGGAUGGGGGAAGGGAAGGCUCAUAGAGCAGUAUUGUUCCUAUUUAGUCCUGGUCUGGAACCAUCAGGGAGACUCUCCGCCCCCCAAAUCCUGGGAAGCGAUGGCCUGUUCUGUUUUCUCCUAGUGGUAAGGACAUGAUGGUUUCCUUCCCUCCCCCCCCAACCCCACAAGCUUAAAUUCCACCCAUCUUGCUUCUGAAGACCCUGGAUGUCCUCUCCUUCAGCUAUCCUGGCACUGCCCAUAUCUGGUGUCUGUCCAGUGCCCUCUUUGGCCUGUGUGCUACCCUUCCUUCGAGGGACAGGCAGAAGGUGCAUGAAGAGCUCCCUCCUUGGUUGUACACAAGCAGCAGAGUGGGGUGGGGGGGAGUGGUAUGGACAUAAAAGCCCCUUUGGGCAGCAGUCAGUCCUGGGACAUUUGUUUCAUCUAUGUUCCUCAGAUGCAAAACUCUCAUGACGUGGGUUACAAAACAGAAGAGACAAGAAAUAAUCUCUUCUGUGCCUUGUCUAGCUGGAGACGUUACUAUAGGGCACUAUAUGCAUAUAGGGUACUAUAUGUUUCUAGGAGCAACAGUUUUCCUCAGUUUUUUGGGCUUGACUCCCCCUUCCCCCACACACUCACAUUCUUACGAGUCUGGAACUUGAGAGUACAACCUGCCUUUCCUCAACUUUGGAGGUGAGAUUUUAGACCUGGGAGAUGGCAAUGGCAGUUGAAGAGAGGAGUUCUUUCUCAUAAGUAGGCAUGAGCUGUGGAGAAGAUUGUGCUUCACACCCUGCUGGGCAAUGGGGUGCCUGAGAUUCAAGCCACAGAUUGUACCAAGGAAAGAGUGGGGUAUUCCUGGCUAUUUGAGCUGGGCCAGUGUUCUGGUAUCUGCUCAGGGCUUUCCUGCAGCUGCGUUGGGGACCAGGGAUAGGAUCAUGGGAAGGAUCAUAAAGCUUCAUGUACUAGCCCCUCCUGCCUCCCUGGGAAAGACAAACGACUGCAGGCCAGAUGUGGCUGUGUCUUCCCCUGCCUCGAGCUGUGGGCAGGUGUGACGCUGGGGGGCCCUUCCUGCCCUAACCUCACCUGGCCCAGCCCUGCACAGGGCUACUUCCCUGGGGAGAGGGCUUUCUAAACUGCAUCCUUUUUCUUCUUCUGUUCCCAUUUUCACAGAAUUGCACAAGGAGAUAUUUACAUUUUUUUUAAUUUAAUGAAUUGUAAAGUGUCAUUUAUUCCUUUAAAAAAUAUAUUUUGGCUUAUUUUGAUCUUCUCGAAUGGGAAAUGAUUAUUGUAACAGUACUUUUUUUUUGCCUCCUAAUAAUAACAAUAAUAAAUUAACAAUUUUGUGUUGUU